AUGAAUUUUCCUUUAUUAAUACUUGCAAUUUCAUUAAUUGCAAGUGGAACUCUGUGCACAAUCCAAAAAGAUAUUGAUGAAAAGGAAGCGGAGAAGAGGGAACAACCUUUUUAUGACGCUGUUAACGGAGUAGUUGGUUAUGCAAGAGACAACAACUUGAUGUGGAGAAAAAUAACCUUGUGGGCAUCAUUUGUGUACUACACAGUUAAAGUGGGUGCUGAAGUGUUUGCUGCAUGUGGUAAAUGCAUGUCGGAUAAAAAAGAGCCUGAUGGUAACUGCCAAAGUAGCAGUGAAGGCUUAGUUCAAAAUUUAGGCAUGACUAUAUUGACAGGCGGUUUGGUUUUCUUGGGAAAUAGUAGACGAUCUAAUACAGUAAGUAUUAAACAUGACCUCUCCACCAUAGUAGUUGGGUCAAUGAUGCUCGUGAAGUUAUUGUAUCCAUAA